ACAUUCUUUCUCGAUCACUACUGUUAUAUCCCAGGCCAGUGGUAGACAGUUCUGUCCGACAUCGUACACAUUUAAAGUCUGAAAAUGGCGUCUUCUGUAUUGCGUAUUGGACGAUCUGGUUCAUCUCUCCUCGCUAGGAGUCUGCUUGGUAGUCGAGCUGGAACAUGUCACUACUCAAGUGCACCAACUACCAAACUCCUUAUCAAUGGAGAGAUGGUAGACUCCCAGACUGCAGACUGGAUUGAUGUCCAUAAUCCUGCAACCAAUGAGGUAGUAACAAGGGUCCCUAAAGCUACUUCCAGUGAGAUGGAAGCAGCCGUUAAUGCUGCACAGAACGCCUUCCCAGCGUGGUCUCAGACUAGUAUCCUCUCAAGGCAACAGAUCAUGUUCAAAUAUCAACAGCUCAUCAAAGAUAAUAUGAAAAGACUUGCUGAAUCAAUCACGUUAGAACAAGGCAAGACAUUGGUAGAUGCUGAGGGUGAUGUCAUGAGAGGAUUACAGGUUGUUGAGCAUGUAUGUAGUAUUACAUCAUUGCAGCUGGGAGAAACCCUACCAUCCAUUGCAAAGGACAUGGAUACUUACACUAUGCGUGUACCAUUGGGAGUCUGUGCAGGCAUCACUCCAUUCAAUUUCCCUGCCAUGAUUCCAUUAUGGAUGUUUCCUGUAGCUGCUGUUGCCGGUAAUACAGUGAUUAUGAAACCAUCAGAGAGGGAUCCUGGAGCAUGUAUGAUCUUAGCUGAACUAGCCAAGGAAGCUGGUUUACCGGAUGGAGUAGUCAACAUUAUUCAUGGACAACAUGAUGCUGUGAACUUCAUUUGCGAUCAUCCCCUGAUCAGAGCUGUGUCGUUUGUUGGAUCAGAUCAGGCUGGUAACUACAUCCACGAGAGAGCGAGCCGGAAUGGCAAGCGUGUACAGUGUAACAUGGGAGCUAAGAACCAUGGUGUUAUCAUGCCUGAUGCAAACAAAGAGAAUACUCUCAACCAGCUUUGUGGAGCCGCCUUUGGUGCUGCUGGUCAGAGAUGUAUGGCAUUGUCCACAGCAGUUUUUGUUGGAGAAGCCAAGGAAUGGCUACCUGAGCUUGUACAAAGGGCUCAGGCACUCAAGGUUAAUUCUGGUGACCAGCCCGGUGCAGAUCUUGGCCCUUUGAUCUCCCCCCAAGCUAAAUCCAGGGUAUGUGAGCUAAUCCAGUCUGGAGUUGAUGAGGGAGCAAACGUUCUCCUAGAUGGAAGGGACAUUGUGGUUGAAGGCUAUGAGAAGGGCAACUUUGUUGGACCAACCAUUAUCACAGACGUAAAGACUGAUAUGACUUGCUACAAGGAAGAGAUCUUUGGACCUGUAUUGGUUGUGGUCAAUGUAGAUACACUAGAUGAAGCUAUUGAACUUGUCAACAGCAACCCAUACGGUAACGGAACUGCCAUCUUCACAACCAACGGAGCGACUGCCAGGACUUACACAGAACUGAUUGAUGUUGGUCAGGUCGGUGUGAAUGUACCAAUCCCUGUGCCCCUCCCCAUGUUCUCCUUCACUGGAUCCCGAGGCUCCUUCAAGGGAGACACCAACUUCUAUGGCAAACAAGGUCUCCAGUUUUACACCCAGGUCAAGACGGUCACCCAGCUUUGGAGGUCAGAAGACGUGACUCACUCCAGGGCUGCCGUUGCUAUGCCAGUCCUCAAGUAAACAAACGUGGUAUUGGCAUAUCAUGUUGAGAUUCCUAUAUGGUUCAACCUUCCUCUAUUUUAUCUGCCGGUAGAGGCUAAGUCCUCACAUAUCAUGUGAACCAAUUGUGGCUGGUUCAUGUACAGUUGGGGUAUACAUAGUACUUUUCUUUCUACACAAUCAUGUGUGCUGCCUAUAUUUUUGUACAACUGAGGUUAUUAAGGGGUCGGUCAUUAUUAGUGAUUUGUGUCAAUUCCCAAUUUGAUUGUUUUUAUUUUAAAUGCCACAUGUGGUGAUGGUGUGUCAUUUGUGUAAUGCAAAUGAACUCUUGUUUCAAGAUGACUGAUUGGGCUGUUACUGAAUUGAAGAAAAUUGUAAAAGGGUUUGAAAAUAAAGUUAUGGUAAUGAAUAAGUGAAAUUCAUCAAUCCAUUUGAAUAUUUUAGUGUAUUGUAUUUCCAGUAAAAUCAUGAUCAGUCCAAAUUAUGGGAUUCCAGUAUUGUAAGCUAUAUGUAUCAUGCAGAUGCAUUUGGCUGUAUGGUUUGUUGGUAUUGAAUCAUCAUUUCUAAAUAGAUUGUGUCAUUAAAAGUUUAUAUGCCUUGUAUGAAUUCAAAGACAGCUUAUGUGAAGCUUUAAAACACAUUUUAAGAAUGCUUCUUUUUAUUUUCAUAUAUUAAAUAUAGCAUUUAUAACCUUAUCUUUAGAAAUGAUUUUCAUAUUGAUCAUUUUCUUUCCUAAUUCCCUAGAAUAGGGCCUUUUUUGAUUGAGUAUCCCUGUAGCAAUUGUUUCAAAAUCUGCUGAAAUAAUCUUAAAAAAUAUGUAAAGAUGAUUAAUAUAUAUACAGGAAUUCAGGUCAGGUGAUCAUAAGAAAGUCAUGGCUGUUCAGGAAAUGAGAUAAUUCAUUUUUGCAGAAACAACAAAGUCAGCAAAUGUGAGGGAAGUAGUUGAUUUCUUCUUUUUAAGUCAUGGAAAAUUAUUUAUUUAAGAGAUUGCUCUGAUGUUUUGCAAAGUAAGUCUCGCACCAGUUCUGCAUGCUUGCACCUAGACGUCACUCAGACUCUAACAUCUAACUCUGGAUAAUAAUCAAGGUGGUUGUCAUGUAAAUAACCAUGUAGAGAAGAAUGUGUGUAGUUUCUGUUCUGGAAAUUCAUAGCACGUCAUGGAAUAUUGAAAAUGAUUUCCUUUGCAAACUCGCAUAAAGUGUAUUAGCAUAGUUGACCGUUAUUGUAGGCAUGGGAAAGAAGUUAUAUUUUUGAUGACUUCAACCUGUUCAAUUUUGUGUUGUAGAAACAGUUGCAAUUAAAUGCAACUUGAUUUUCAACUAAUCUCAAGCGUGCAUCCAGGACCUGAGUUUAAAUUUAUUUAAAUUCAAAUCUCUCUGCCAAGUUCCUUGAAACAUGAAUAGGCAAUGCCAUUGGCAAUAUCAUUGAAGAGAUUAGAGGAGGAAAUAAGACACAAAUCCCAUCGAAAAUUGAUUACUCUCCAUCAAGAGGAUGAAAAUACAGAGAGAAAAAAUCAUUAUGAUGCAUGCACAAUGGAACAAAUUUUGUUGUUGGUUUGAAUGUUGGUGAAAUUUAAAGACAUAUACAUGAUAUCUGUUUUGAGUGCUGGAAAUUCUUGGUAUUCAUGUUUGGUAUCCAUAUUGUCUGUAGUUCUCCCCCUCUGGGGUAGAGACAUCAGAGCUGUUAUUCUAGACGCAUUUCUGCUUUCUUGAUUUGUUCUCUCAAAUAGGGAGAUUGAAGGGGAAAUCCCUCAUUUCCCCCGUGAUGUCAUUUACUUAGAUUUUAGAUUGAAAUGCAUCCCACAGACAAUACACAAUUACAUCGGCUCAAAGCUGGAGAUCUUACAUGUAUUUUCAUUUUUUAUUCAAUUCCCUGGUGAGGUAGGAGGAGAAUCGGGAUUCUGCAAACAAAUCUGGGAAAAGAGGGUUGGUUCGUUUACUCUUUGCCAUUUAUCUGAAAUUUUAGAGUUGUUUAUAUAGUCUAUAGCUACUGUUCGAUCUGUAUUUUGUUAAUCAUAUUAUGAUGAUUGGGGUGACAUUUUGAAUUAAAAAUUGAUCCUGCACUAAGAUACAUAAAUCAUAUUUAAAAAACCCUUACAGGUCUUUUUUCAUUUUUUGCUAUGAAUUUUAAGACUUCAUCAUUUGCUCCAGAAGGGUAAUAACAAAAGCAGUUGUUGCAGGUGCGAAUCUUUAAAAUGAAAAAAUGGUUUCUUUUGUGCUCAAGAUAAGUAAUCUGGGACUGAAGAUCCCAUGAAUGUUAUAGCUAUGAGUUACAUUUGUUCUGUAU